AUGGCGCCCCAAACCGUCACCGAAUUCUUCGUCUCCGAAGCCCGUACCCACGCCCUCGCCGAAUCCAAAAACCCUCAUCCCACCGUCCACAUCGCCCGCGAAGACUCCUCCUCCUCCGGCGGCGGCGGCGGCGGCGGCGAGCAUGAGCUCCCUCCCGAAAAACGCGGCACCCGCGCCGACCGCUCCGACAUGCGCCGGAUGGGAAUGGCGCAGGAGUUCAAGCGAAACUUCUCCUUCAUCCCCAUCUUCGGCUUCUCCGCUGUGCUGAUGAUGACGUGGGCGAGCGUACUGUCGGGUGUUAGCUAUGCGCUGCCGAAUGGAGGAUUGCCGGCGUUGAUUUAUAAUUAUGUUGCGACGUUGGUGGGGUUUGGGGCGGCGAUUUUGAGUAUGGCGGAGAUGGCGAGUAUGGCGCCGACUAGUGGUGGUCAAUACCAUUGGGUCUCCGAAUUCGCCCCAAAAUCCUCGCAAAAAAUCCUCUCCUACCUCGUCGGCUGGUUCUGCGUGCUCGGCUGGCAAGCCGGAAUCGCAGGCCAAUGCUUCACCGUCGCCACCCAAAUCCAAGGUCUACUGGUCCUUAACUCCGCCACUUACAUUCCCCAACCAUGGCACUCCACGCUCCUCACCAUCGCCGCGGCGAGCGUAGCCGUGAUCUUCAACUCCUUCUUCGCGAGAAAGUUGCCACUUCUUGAAGGAUUGAUUCUCAUCUUGCUCAUCUUCGGUUUCUUCGGCAUCCUCAUCCCGCUGUGGGUAUUCGCCCCUCGAACGCCGAGCGCAGCCGUCUGGACGGAAUUCACGCAAAUAGCAGGCUGGCCGAAUAUGGGUACCGCAUGUCUCGUUGCUCUCACAGGUCCAAUCUACGCGCUCAUCGGCCCGGACUCGGCGGUACACAUGGCGGAGGAAGUCCACGACGCUUCUCGCACACUGCCGUGGGCGAUGGUGUCAACCCUCGCGCUGAAUGGCCUUACGGGAUUGGUAAUGACCAUCACAUUUGCGUACUGCGUGGGACCGAUGGAAGCCGCGCUGACGCCGCAGUUCAAUUUUGCCUUCAUCGGAACAUUUUACAACGCCACGCAGAGUAAAGCGGGCACGACGGUCAUGACGCUUGUGGUGACGACGCUGGCGUUGACUUCAGCGGUGAGUAACGUCGCCACGGCAUCGAGGCAGUUGUUUGCGUUUGCGCGGGAUCACGGAUUGCCGUUCGCGGAUGUGGUGGCGAAAGUGAGGCCUGGUUGGGAUAUCCCGUUCAACGCGGUGUGCAUAUGUUUCGUGUGCACCUCGUUGUUGAGUUUGAUCAAUUUGGGGAGUCUCGUGGCUUUCAAUGCGAUUCUGUCAAUUGGAGUGGUGGCGUUGUUGACGAGUUAUAUUACGAGUAUCGGGUGUAUCUUGUUGAAGAGGAUUCGAGGAGAGGAGUUGUUGCCGAGGAGGUGGUCGCUGGGAGUGCCAUUGGGGUGGAUCUCGAAUGUGGUCGGGUUCGUGUAUGUGGUGUUGGCGUUUGUCAUGGCGUUCUUUCCGCUGUACAAUAAUCCGACGGCGGAGCAGAUGAAUUGGGCGAGUGCGGUAUAUGGCGGAGUGGGAAUUGUGGCGACGGCGUAUUAUGUCGGCUGGGCGAGGCAUAUUUAUAUCCCGCCGGUAUCGAGGUUGGCGAAGGAUCUGUGA